UGACUGGUUGUCAAAUUUUUGACAGACAGCCACAACACAACAAGUGAAUCUCAGAAGUGAAUUUGCAUUUGAAACAAAACAAAUCAAAAUUCGUUUUUGGUUCAUUUAUAUUUUCAUAAAUCUGUUUACUUACUACCUUAUUUCUCUGCUUCCUUACAAGUUUCUGGUACAAUAUUUAUAUUCUCUUUUUAGUUCCAUAGGUGAUUAGGGUGACGAAUAGUUAUGCGAAAGUAUUUUGUUUACAUGAUGGUCAUGUCCCGUGCUGCAAUUUAUUCUGCGCAAGACACGUCAGCUUUAAAACGAGCUUUGAGCCUCAUAGCAGACUCGGACAAAAGUACCUUUUUUUACAAGCUCAAAAAACCUGUACCGCCAGUAUCUUUGAAACAAUUUUCAACAAAUAAUCAAACCCUAAAUAAAAUGGUUGAUCCCAAAAGAGUUGUAGGCUAUGAGGACAUGUUGAAGGUUAUUCACCAGCCUGAGAAAGUGAUCAUAGAUGUCCGCAAUCCUGAUGAAGUUAACGAAACUGGAAAAAUACCUUCGAGUAUCAACAUUCCAUUACAUACUGUCCAGGAUGUAUUAACUAGCAUGUCCGAUGAACAGUUCAAGCAGCAAUACCAACGCAACAAGCCAUCAUCAUCCGAUGAGCUCAUAUUUUAUUGUAGAUCUGGCCGUAGAUCAACAGAAGCUUUGGAUAAAGCUUUGAAACUUGGAUACGCAAACUCUAAAACAUAUCUGGGAAGUUGGAAUGAUUGGUCCAGCAGACAAAAAUGAGGCUGUGUUGUUGUGCAAUAAAAUUGUGAUGUAUAGUACAUUGUUUCUGCAUAAUAUUUCUGUAAUAAAUUUCUGGUUAUAUUA